UAUUAUAUAACAUUUUCAAUGAAGUAAAUAGUGCGGGAGUACCUAAUGCUAACAUGUUUUCAAAAACGUCUCAUAUAAAUGAGAAUAAUGUAACACAUAAAACGCAAAUCGAAUAUAUAGCUAAUUUCGACUAUAAAUUUGAUGCUUUAAGUCAGAUUAUUAAUAAAAUGGAUAAUUCUAUACAAAGUUUACAUGAAAAAUCGCAUACGUGGGCUAUUUUUCAGCAUCACAUUAAUUCGUGGAACGAAGGCAUGCGUAUUUUAGAAAAUAAACUUGAUCUUUUAAAAAGAACCCACGAAGAACAACAACAGCAAUUGCAAAAACUAGAACUUUUCAUCAGUGGUAAUAGCAAGGUUAAUGAUCAUCACGAACUCUUACUGGAUGAUAUUAAACUGUUUCUAAACUCAGAGCGUAAAACCAAAAAUGAAAUUUCAUCCAAGAUCAAUAACAUUUUAAGGCACUUCCAAGUGGCGUCAGUAGCCAAUAAUGAGAGAAAAUCAAAUAAAAUUGCUAAUAUUAUGGCACCCAUAGGAGUUUCACCGCCAGCCCAAGGAUUUUGCGCAAAUAUAAGUAAUAAAAUUGAGCAACGUCUAAAUAGUAUGUCCCAUCAGAUGGCACUACAAAAAGAUCUUAAACAAUUGAGUUCUCUGGAAAGAAGAAAUUCCAAAAGUUUGGAAAAUAUCAAUCAAGUACUUUCUAAUCAACUGGAUAAACACGAUGAAAUCACUACACGCCUACAAAAAUCAAACGAAUGUUGUUAUUCCCUAUCUAGUGAAUUGACUACUUUCACCGAAAGUUCGGAUAUUUUAUUGAAACGCAUUGAAAAACUGGUUCGUAAUGUUAGCGAAAAGCUUAAUGAUAUUCAGGUGACAGCAAACGAUAGCGAAGAAUUUGAAAGGGAAGAAAAUAAAAAUGAAGAAACAUAUUCUGGUGAAGAUUUAGAUGAUGGCGUUGAGGAGCAAAUCGAAUUGGAGAAAAAAACAACGACUAGUGUGAAUGAUGAUAUUGAUAACACAAGUGUAACUGAAAUAUUCGAGUAUGAUGAUAGCCACGAUGUAGAAUUUAUACGACCUCAUUUAAAUGGAUGUCAUGAGCUAUUAGACGAGCUGACAGAUAACGAUGAUGACGACAGCACUCGUGUUGAUGGUAUUUAUAAAUUUUCAACUUCGGAUUUUAAUGAAGCUGAACGUGAUUUUAAUGAACGUUACUGUGUGUUUCCACACUCUCCAAACGACACGGGAUUACCUUGGACCGUCAUACAACGACGAGGUCCUUAUCCGCAGCAGGAAAACUUUAAUCGUUCCUGGUCCGAAUAUCGUAAUGGUUUUGGUCACUUAUCGCGAGACUUUUGGUUUGGCAAUGAAUUCAUGCAUCGUUUGGUCUAUCAUGAUGACUAUGAGUUGCGCAUUGAAUUGGAAGAUUUUGAGGGAGCAGAAAAUUGGGCUGAAUAUUCUGUAUUUCGUAUAGAUUCCGAAAAAUACAAUUAUAAUUUACUGAUUGGCGAAUAUCGCGGUACAGUUGCGGAUGCUAUGAAAUAUCACAAUGAUAAUGAUUUUAGUACUUACGAUAAACGCAAUGAUAAAACGGUGGAUGCCUGCUGUUCCUGUGCCAUGGGUUAUGCAAGCGGUUGGUGGUUUGAUAAUUGCUCUGAGGCCAAUUUGAAUGGUAUUUAUCAUUACUCUCCCUUGGAUCAUAAUUACAUUGGUAUUAUGUGGGAGUUGUGGCAUGGUGAUUAUUCACUUAAAAAAACUCGCAUGAUGAUACGUCCCCGAACAACAGCUAUUCAUAAUACAGUUAUAAAUUCUCCUGACUACCAUGAGUAUACUGAAGAUCCUUAAAAAUAUAAUAUGAUAAAUAUACAAUACAUUAUGAUAACCUUUAAUUCUAUGUAAUAAAAAUAUACAUGUUUAUUUGCUGUUUUAAAUUUAAACAAAUGCACAAGAAAUCACUAAAAAUAACUUUUAAAACAUUAAAAUUUUACAAAAAUAAAGUUCGGAUUUUUUACACUUCCAAAA